GUCAGUCCUCCUGUUACCACCGAGGAGAGAGGAGGUCUGUUGCGAAGCGGCGGCAGAGACACGCAGUUUACCAUCAAGAAGGAAACUGAGGAUUCUUGCUUCUUUGAACAUCAGUGAGAGAGAAAAAGGUCUCCGGAAUCACACACUCACGCCCGGUCUGCCCUUCUUUGCCUACGCACUCGUCCACCUAGGCUGCUCUCUGUCUGUUGCCGGGCCAAGACUAUUGUUGACGCGGAGGAGCGGAGGGUCGAGGCGAUGGCAAGCCAGCUGGAUGGUGUCUUAAGCCAGCUGGGAACCGGGAAGUGGAACCUGGUGCACUUCACGGCUCUGGCUUACUGCGUGUCACUGCCCUGCUACCACACCUUGGCGGGGCCCUUCCUCGCUCCGAAAGUUGACUACCAGUGUCUACCCGGCUCCUCAGACCCCUCAGUCCCUCUGGCCUCCCACAUCACCACGCAGGACUCGUGCAGCUACUAUGUGAAGGAUCCCUCCAGAGAAGAGCCACUGGAGCGACCCUGCAAACGAUGGUCCUUCGACAACUCCACCUUCGUCUCCACCGUCACGUCAGAGUUCGGGCUCGUGUGCGGGAUGGAGUACCUGCGCGCUGCCUACACCAGUAUUUACAUGUUGGGCGUUAUGGUGGGCGCACCUUUCAACGGAUUCCUGGCAGAUAAGUACGGUAGGCGGCCAACUAUCACCAUCGGCUCCGUGGUGUACGCGGUGGUGGCCCUAGCGUCCUGCUGGCUGCCGUCCCUCGUCUCCGUGCUCAUCUCCCGCUUCCUGCUGGGCACGCUGCACGCCACCAUCCUCAAGACGGGAUAUAUUCUCGCCAUGGAAGUGUCGUCGCCGAGGGUGAGGCCUGUGCUGGGCAUCGUGCUGUUCCUGCCGUGGGCGCUGGGCACCAUGGCUUGGGGCGGCGCGGCGUAUCUGUUGAGGAGCUGGCGGUGGCUGCAGCUGUCCGUGUCCCUGCUGUUCCUGUUCUUCCUGCCGGCGCUGCUGCUGCUGGACGAGUCCCCGCGGUGGCUUGCGGUGCGCGGUUACCACACCCAUGCCCUCGCCGUGCUGCAGAGAGCCGCCCGAUGGAACCGUGUCGCCUUGCCGCCCCGCCACCGCCUGCUGCAGAUCAUCAAGGACAGCCAGGAUGAGGGCAAUGCAUCGUCCCAGGGGCGAGGCCUCAGGCCUUGCAGGAGUCAGUCGCUGCUGGACACCUACCUGUGCCAGAUGUUCAUCCUCCUCCGGACGCCGCGGCUGAGGGUGAUCACGCUGGGCAUGUUUUUCGACUACCUGGUGGUGGGCAUGGUAUACUUCGGGCUAUCGCUGAGCGGGGACCACCUAAGCAGCAAUCCUUUCCUGUACAUGGUACUGACGGGCCUGGUGGAGGUGCCCGCCUACACCCUCAUGGUGCCCGUCGUCACCAACUACGGCAGGAGGAGCACCACUAUUGUAUUCUUCCUCUUCAGCGGCGUCAUGCUUCUCCUCCUGCCCUUCAUCCCUAACGGGUGCGGAUGGGUGGCCGUGACCCUGGCGCUAGUGGGCAAGAUGUCCAUCUCUUCGGCGUUCCAGGUACUGACUCUGUACAGCUCCGAGCUCUUCCCGACGGAGGUGAGGACGCGCGGCACCAGCACGGCCUUCAUGAUGUCCCGCGUGGGCUCCAUGACUUCGCCCUUCAUCACAGAGCUCUUGGGCUCCACCAGCUCGUGGACGCCUUCCGUGGUGUUUGGGGUGGCGUCACUGCUGGCGGGCGUGGUGUCGAUGGUGCUGCCCGAGACUGGGGACACCUCGCUGCCGGACACCAUCAAGCAGCUGGAGGAGAGAGGCACCGUGGAAGGGUACAGGAAGCUGCUGUGGGUGAUGGCGGCUGAUGUGUCCAGCGGAUGGCCGUGCGGUAGGCGUGGGGAGGCCGCCUCUCGGGAACCCGCCCUCCUGAACUCCACACACCUCCCCACCCAUUCCCUCCACGCCACGCACAUCCCCUUCCAUCCACUCCACCCAGUUUAUCCAUCUGCACAUUCCAACGAUCCACCGGCGUAUUGUAGUUUCGAGCCCAUUAAUUCCAGACACUCCAUCCCUGCAUCCACCCACACAUCCACUCCAUCCGCCUUGCCCGCUGACGACGAGAAAUCGCCCACCGUAUGAGCAUUGCAGGUUCUUGAUCACCCCCUGCACGCCGCUAAGUGUUCUUGUAUACGUGAUAUAAAAUUUUGUUGGGUCUCCUUACUCUCAUUUCAAGCUUCAAGACGAGAGGUAAACUGAGUAUCAUAAAUAUGCUUGAGAUACCGUGAUCGUGCCGCCUGUGUCUCUGGGCAUUAGGAUCCUUCCCUUCACUUGCUGCAGUAAGAUGUGAACCAACUCAAUAUAUAUAUACCAUAUUCAAGGCUAUAAGUCAAGACACCUCCUGCACAUUCGAGAUAGCAGACACAUUUUUCUGUAAUUCUCUAGCGAUGCAAGCAGUGGAGUCGCCUCACUUGUGCCUUGCUGGCCUCACUCGCCGGAAAAAAAUAAAAUAAAAUAAAUAAAUAAAUAAAUGAAUAAAUAAAUUAAAAUCAUAGAGAAAUGGGUCGGCCAAACUCAAAAGGAAACUUGGUAAUAUUCAAGUUAGUACCUUCAUCAAAGUUUAAUUAUUGCAAAGCUCUGAAGACCCGACACUGCGGACGUGACCAAAUGUAUUAAGUCUUUGUAGUCUUGACCUGCAUUUAUCAUAAUCACACCUGUCACGAAUAA